CGGCUAAGACCUUCACGUGUCAAUCGAGCGAUAUAAAACAGCCUGAACCAUCGCUGCUUACAUUCCAUUUACCUCAUUAGCCUCGCUUGUAUUCCGCACAAGGGUUAUAAAUCAUCUGGCUUCCGCAUCGGUGCACAAUACAGCUCUAAACCUUUCAUAUCGUCCUUCGACUCGACGAGCACUUGCCGAGUUAGAUUAUUCAUUAUACUAAAAAAUGGCACAACCAGGGAGGCAUCGAAAUGUUGACACAGGGGACGUGUUCUACGACGAAGGACCUCCUCCACGGUCCAGCUUGUCCGGACUAGAACACAUCCUACACUCAAGAGCCGUCAAAAGACCCGGCGACGGACGCUCACGGCCCCCCAGUGAAAGUAGGCCGAGGCCACCGUACGAUGAUCGACCACCAAGCGAAAGUCGACCGAGACCACCGUACGAUGAGCGGCCACCAAGCGAGAGUAGGCCGAGACCACCGUAUGAGCGACCACCAAGCGAAAGUAGGCCGAGGCCACCGUACGAUGACCGACGAACCAGCGAGACUAGGCCACGACCGCCUUACGAUGAGCGACGGGUCAGCGAGAACAGACCCAAGCCACCAUAUGAUGACCGACGAACCAGCGAGACUAGGCCACGACCUCCUUACGAUGAUCGUGAUCUAAGUCAUGGUCCUCCGCCGAGAUAUUCGGUAACCGACAGGUAUCCGGAGCAUGACCGACCGAGAAAUCCGAACGCCAAUGGUAGACCGAGAGAUGAUCAGCCGGUCCACCCUGAUGACGAUCGGUAUUCUUCGAGAAACCAAACUCCAAGCAGGCCUAACAGUAGACACCAAGAGGCGAACAAGUGGUCACCGAGAGACCUCGACCUGACGCCGAGGAUGGGCCGAGGAGGACCACCGGUCGACUGGAGAAGACCAUCACGUGAGGAAAGACGUUACCCUCCACAGGAAGACCGCGUUUACCCGUCCCGCGGAGAGAAGGUUGAAGCUGUAGAAAUGACUGAUAGGGAUGAAAAACCAAGGGACUUGGCCAAGAAAGACGACCCCGACAAGGACCCGAAAGAAGUAUCAAUCGAGAGCGAAGAACGGGAGACUUGGGGACACAAGGCCGAGUUUAUCUUGGCGACUAUCGGACUUGCUGUUGGUCUCGGCAACGUCUGGCGUUUUCCGUAUCUCUGUCAAAAGAACGGAGGGGGCGCUUUCCUGGUUCCUUACAUCAUUUUCAUGCUGAUCGAGGGGCUGCCCCUGUUCUUCCUGGAGCUGAGUAUCGGUCAGCGCAUGCGCAAGAGCGCCAUCAACUGCUGGCGGGACAUCCACCCGUGCCUGUUCGGGAUCGGCGUCGCGUGUCUCAUGGUCUCGCUCAUGCUGUGCUUGUAUUACAUCGUCAUCAUUGCGUGGUGUUGCUACUUCUUCUUCAUUUCCUUCACAUCUGAUCUGCCUUGGAAGAAGCAACUGCUCUGUCAGAACUGGGAGGCGUACGACAAUAUCAAAAGCCAGAUGAACACCAUCCAGAGCGCAGGGAACGCCACCGCAAACAACACACUCUACCAGGGCUUGAAAGCCAAGUUUGACUCGUUCCCAGACUGCUGCGUGCGUGACCCUUCUGCAUACUAUUUCUACCAUCAUGCACUUGAGGUUUCGACUAGUAUCGAGGAUACUGGGGUCGGGAUUAACGUCAAGUUGGCCGGCUGUCUGGUCUUCGCAUGGAUCCUCACAUAUCUUUGUGUCGUCAAGGGGAUCAAGUCUAGCGGAAAGGUUGUCUACUUUACCGCCACCUUCCCCUACAUCAUCCUCAUCAUUCUGUUCUUCCGUGGUGUCACUCUCGAGGGCGCAGGAAACGGCAUCAAGACACUUUUUACCCCCGAUUGGGGAUUACUUCUCGAUGCCAACAUAUGGAAAGAUGCCGCCACCCAGAUGUUCUUCACUCUCAGUCUUGGGUUUGGGGCGCUCAUCGCGUUCGCGAGUUACAUGCCAAUGCAUAACCAGGUGAUGAAAGAUGGAUACACAGUCGUGCUCGUGAACUGCGGCACCUCACUUUUCGCUGGCAUCGUCGUCUUCUCUAUACUUGGCUACAGGGAGGCCAAGACUGGUAUUCCUGUCACAGAGGUUGGAUCCGGACCAGGACUUGCCUUCAUCACGUUUUCGGACGCCAUGUUGCUUAUGGAUGUGUCUCCUCUCUGGGCGAUCCUGUUCUUCAUGAUGUUGAUUCUGCUCGGUAUCGACAGUGAGUUUGGAACACUCGAGGCAGCCAUUGGACCUAUCAUGGAGCUUAACCUUUUUCCAAAGGUGCGCAAGGAGCUGGUCACUCUGGGUGUGGCCGUUAUUCUACUACUCCUUGGCCUGUGCAUGACCUCAGGGGCAGGGUACUACAUCUUCCAGAUGUUUGAUGAUUACUCCGUCACCAUACCUCUACUGGUCAUCGCACUUUUCCAGUGCAUUGGUGUUGCCUGGGUUUAUGGUAAUGACAGGUUCGCGGACGAUAUCCAAUUUAUGACAGGCAAGCGGCCUUGGGUUGGAUGGAUGAUCUGCUGGAAGUACAUCUCUCCUAUCGCCUUACUUGUCGUACUGAUCGCCCUGGUCGCACAGCAAUCGCAAGUGUCGCCCAAGUACAACAAAUUCGUCGGCUGUAAAGAGAAACCAUUUGGUGUCAGUGCGGGUUCUGACAACUGGCUCGAGCCCACCGAAUACCCCGGAUGGGGCGUGUUCCUUAUCGUCGUCAUAGUCCUGGUGUCCACUCUCCCCGUCCUUAUUUGGCUCAUCAAAGAUUGGCCCAAGAAUUGGCGCCAAGGCUUUCACAAGAUGCUCUGCACCGGCUACAAAAACUACCUGCCCGACCCCCCAAAGGACGAAAAUGAUAAAAACCACCAAAAGAUUUAGGUUUCUUUAAAUUCGAUUAGCUUGUAUAGCCCAUUUCCAUGAGUUUAGCGGAAAGUUUGACUGAGCAAAGUGUUGGUCCUCGAGUGACCCACCAUAUGAGUUUUCCCACCAUAUUUUGUUUGGUCAAACGUUUCGCUAACGGAAACGCUGUCAACAUCGUCUUUGGUGCUUUUGGUAAUAUGUUUACCUGUAAAAUUCAAAUUUGUCCCCACAAUAGAUAAUAUAUAGUCUAUAGGGUAUCUUUAGAACCACCCAUUGGCCUAUGUACGUUUUCAUAUCUAGUGUUCAUUUACAUCAUAUCUAGAGUUCAUUUACCUUUAUUUCGUUCUAUUGCGAUUUUCGUCGUAAUACUUGUUUUCAGUUCAAUACACCCCUCUGAAACAGACCUGGCGAGUAAUAAUUCCCUGGCAGGUUUUCUGUAAAAACCUCGCCAGGUUUGCAAAAGUUUCUCGGAAUUUCCCAGAAAAAAUCCUGGUACGGGAGAAAAUUUCCCUUAGCAGGUACAGUAAGGCAAAAUAAAAAAAAGGUUUGGUUUCACCAGGUCUGUGUAUUUUAGUAUUAUUGUAUUUAUAAUAUUAAUUUUAGUUCCAUUGCUUUUAUUUAGAUUUAUGCACUCUGUAGAUAUAUCCAUUGCGUAGUUAUUUAAUGCAGUCCCGAGUGCUAAUAUUUGUUGAAUUGUAUAGUAUCUUUUAAAUAAAGGAAUAAAAAUCAAGAAGGCAUAUUUAGACAGAGAAGGAAUCUUCUCUAUUCGGUUUAUCCAAAAAAAAAGUCUUAACUUCCCUCAGGGAGGGGGCCUAUGUAAUAAGGCAAAUUUAAUAUGCUUUUUUUCUUGAACUUCCCAUCGUGUUUUUUGAUGGAACCAAAUCCAAGAACGAUUUUCGAGGAAGUUAACGGACAGCAAUUUUGUAGGAGAGGUUAGUAUUACUACUUUAUUUUUCAAGUAUUUACUGUAAUUCAAAUUGCAACAUAUUUAUCAAAUUGUAGCUGCACAAGAUGUAAUUUUCAAUGUGAAUAAAGACGCUUUAAGUUCA